CGGUCACUAUUAGCACACGGCCACCAUUUCAUCCAACAGCGAAAUGGCGGCCAGAAAACUGCACACCGUGCACUGAUUGGAAGGCGGGAUUGUGCGGUCUCCUCAGUAGGGGCCAACGACUCCACGUAAUAAGAUGAAUUAGCCAAUCAGGGCAAUAAGCAGGAUAUUACUUUGCCCAAUGGUUAGGAAGUACAGGUAAGAAUCGUGUUUUCAACCACUGAGCGUGCGAAUGUAGUCAGCCAAUGGUGUUCGUGUAUGGUUAGACAAUGCAACUUGAUGGGUUUUAACGGAAGUAGCCAAUGGAAGCGAGUUUCAGCAUGACGUAGCCAAUCGGAGGAGGCCAUACAGCGUGGUGACCAAUGACAGUGUUUGGCGGUUUAGAUUUGAAAUCGUUGUCAGUGUGAGGCGUAAGAGCGGCGAGUGUGCUUGUGUCCGGAGCCGAAGCGGUGUAAAUCGAGGAUGUCGUACAAGGAGAAUCUCAACCCGUAUUCUCACGGCAAGUUCACCACUCCGUCCAGUGCUCAGGGCCCUCAGCGAGUCCUGAAGAAGGAACCCUUUGCAUCGAGCUUCACGACCCCAUCUGAUUCGUUGCUUUUACAGAGGGCGCAGAUGUCCAGAAUUACCCCCUCUGUGAACUCCCAUUUGUCAGGCGGUGCGGGGAGGGUGGCGAUGAGUUCUGAAGCUGCUUCCCAAAAGCCUGCAGAAGGUCCCAAGAGAAUAUUCACAAUUGAUGACUUUGACAUCGGACGUCCACUGGGGAAGGGCAAGUUUGGAAAUGUCUACCUGGCCCGUGACAAGAAAACGAAGCUGAUCAUGGCCUUGAAAGUGCUCUUUAAAUCUCAGCUGGAGAAGGAAUCUGUCGAGCAUCAGCUACGAAGAGAGAUUGAGAUCCAGUCCCACCUCAGGCAUCCAAAUAUCCUGAGGCUGUACAAUUAUUUCCACGACCGCAAACGGAUCUACCUGAUGUUGGAGUUUGCUCCUCGGGGAGAGCUUUACAAGGAAUUGCAGAAAUAUGGCCAAUUCGAUGAGCAGAGAAGUGCCACAUUUAUAGAGGAACUGGCCGAUGCUCUGACUUACUGCCACGAGAGGAAGGUGAUCCACAGAGACAUCAAACCUGAAAACCUCCUCAUGGGAUAUAAGGGCGAGUUGAAAAUUGCAGACUUUGGUUGGUCUGUCCAUGCGCCAUCGCUAAGGCGCCGAACAAUGUGUGGAACCCUGGACUAUCUACCCCCAGAGAUGAUUGAGGGCAAGACUCACGAUGAGAAGGUAGAUUUGUGGUGCAUGGGAGUCCUCUGCUAUGAGUUCCUCGUUGGAAGUCCUCCAUUCGACAGCCCGUCCCACACAGAAACCCACCGCAGGAUUGUUAAUAUUGACCUCAAAUUUCCAAGCUUCAUGUCUGACGGAGCCAAAGAUCUGAUCACUAAACUCCUGCGCUAUAAUCCAGCUCACCGUCUUCCCCUGAAGUGCGUGCUGGAGCACCCCUGGAUCAAGGCCAAUUCCCGCAGAGUCCUUCCUCCCUCGUUCAGCACCACGCAUGCCAGUUAGACUCCGGCCCCUGGCAUUUAUUCCGAUGGGCCAGCACUUUCUUGCCAGGAUGCGGAGGAACUUUGCUGAUCUUACUCUGUAUAAUAUCUAAGCAAAGAGGAAGGUUCUUCAACAUCUACAGAGAACUGGUGGUUGGGCUGUCAACGUGAAGCCUUCUUUAUACUGUUUGUCUAUUAGUAUUGGGUGGGCUGCCGCCUUUAUACGCACGUAGGUGAAACAGCUAUAGUUCUGUACAGUUCAUCGGGUCCUUUCUACCUGUAAAUAGAUGUCGGCACUCGUCUGCAGUAUCUGGUGGAAGCUCCAUCUGUGUUGCCACAACUCUGGGGAUGUCUCCUGGGCCUUCUGCUUACUUCGGGUUCUAUGCAGUCCCAAUAGGUUAUCUCUCUUCCUUAUAAAGGUCAUCUGGAAAUGGCCCUUUCACUCCCUGCGUAGGGACUUUGAACACUGCUUUUAAUCUUAUUGCGCGUCUGAAGGUUGGCAAUACUGUCCACGGCAGAACUGAAUUUGCAUUUUUAGUUGACCCGAGUUACAUUUGAGUGCUUCUCUAUUUCCAUGUCUUUCAUUAAAAUAUCUGAAUGCCUCUGAAAUAUUCUCAUAUAUAUAUAUAUAUAUUUGUUAUGGUUGGUCUGUAAUUAUGUGGUAUGCAUUGUGGGUAUGACAUAACCUGGUAUCGCAUAACUUUUUUGUUUUUUUUAUAUGUAAAUAAACUGUUGUAACUUA